GCAGCAGCCACAGGGGAUGAGCAUCGGCGAUAGCCUCAAGCUACCUCCAGGGUUCCGAUUCCACCCUAGAGAUGAAGAGAUCAUCACCUUCUACCUCACACCCAAGGUGUUCCAAAGGGGAUUCACCUGCAUCGCUAUUGGAGAGGUCGACCUCAACAGGACAGAGCCAUGGGAACUCCCAGGAAAGGCAAAGAUGGGAGAGAACGAGUGGUACUUCUUCUACCAAAAGGACCGCAAGUACCCAACAGGUAUGAGGGCAAACCGGGCCACAGAGGCGGGCUAUUGGAAGGCUACUGGCAAGGACAAAGAGAUCUAUAGAGUCACAGGAGGGGUAGCGCCACCGGUGAUCAUCGGCAUGAAGAAGACUCUCGUCUUCUACAAGGGCCGGGCUCCUAGGGGCGCAAAGACCAACUGGGUCAUGCACGAGUUUAGGCUCGAAGGCAACAACAGACUCCCUUGCCCUACAUCAAGCACAACUUCCACUGCCACCUUGAAAUCUUCAUCUGCUUCCAAGGAUGAGUGGGUGGUCUGUCGUGUAUUUCACAAGACCACUGGGAUCAAGAAGGUGCCUGCACCUGCGCCAUCAUCUUACGACAUUGCCAUGGCCUAUGCUGGGAUUGAUCAGAGUAGUAUCCCCAUGCCAAUGCCAAUGCAAUAUCCCAUCCUACAAGAUUUCACCAUGGACCCAGCAGUACCCUUCUACUCCACUACUUGUGCGAGCUCCAUGUCGGUGCCACCCAUGAUGCCGCCCAUGGCAGGCAUGGGUAGUGCUGGACUUCAUAUGAAUGGAGCUCUAUUUGGGAAUCCAAUGACCAACGCAUCGUCAGUGUCCUUCUUCAAUCAGAUGGGUAUGGAGGCAGAAGGCACAAGCAGCUUCUUAGCCACACCUGAGAGUAGGCCUUCAUGAAUGGUUGCUCCACAAUAAUAUAUAGAUAUAUAGUUGCAUCGCAUGCAUUUUGUGGAAUAAUCAUGGUUUGUAUACAUAUAUUUCCAUAACUAGCAAGGCAUGUGUGUAUAGGCAUGUACUACUAUAUCCACCAUACCAUUGCAUGUGUGUAUAUGUGUGUUUAUUUACAAUAAUCAUGGGGCAUGUGUGUAUGUGUGUAUUCAAUACUCCAUAAAUACCUAGACAUA